AAGAAUGGUUAAAUUGGGUCGCUGAUAAUGAUACAGAAACUAUAAUUGAAAAUGAACUUUAUGAUAAUGAUGAAGGUUUUAUUAAUACAUCAUCUAAUGAAACAAAUAAUUUACAAAAUCUUUCUACUCCAAAUAAAAAAAGACUCUUGGAUAUUAAUACAAAUAGAAAGUCAAAUGUAAAAAAUAUUCAAUCAUAUCUUUCUCGUUCUAUAAAAGGCAAUGACAUGAAAAAAUUUGAACAAUUGUUAAUUUGUAUGACAGUCUCCAAUGGAUUUUCUUUUCAAUGGAUAAAUAAUCCAGAAACAAAAGAACUCUUUUCUUGGUUAGACCCAACAAUACAACUACCAGAUUGUAGAACAUUAGGUGGUAGAAUUUUGAAUGAAGAAGCAAAUGAAUUAAAAAAAGAUUUAGAAAUGAUUGCUAAAAAAGAUGAACUUGGUGUGUCUGUUAUUUUUGAUGGUUGGACCAAUGUCAGAAAACAAAAGAUAUUGGGUACAAUAUUAGUAACAUCAUCUG